AUGGCCGACGAAAUUGCUUCGGAGCCCUGGCAUUCUCCACCAGCGCAGCGCCGCCUGCUGGGCUUGGAGCGUAGCCUCCGCGAGGCGGCCGAGGAGCUGGCCAGGUCGGCACGCAACCUCAAGGGCCCGGAGAAAAAUUUCAAGUACAUCCGGCCGGUGAACAUGAAGGAUCCAGAGGACGUCAGGGUGAGCGGCAUGGCGGCUGACCCGCCGUCGCGAGUUGAGCCAGACCGAUUGGGAGAUCACCACGGAAUUUCUGCCAUCAUCUUGGCUGCCUCGGGCGACAAGACUGGCAGGAACCUCUCGGAUGUCUUUGGUCCGAAGGCGCACUGUGCAGAAGCCAUCCAGAGGAUCCUGCACACCAUGUCCUGA